UCAUGCUGUCUUCUUGUUCUUGUCUUGUAGGUUCACAUAGUCUACCUGGGCCACACCCAUGGCCAUGAUCCUCUCCUAACCACAAGGCUCCAUGUUCGACUUCUCUCCAAUGUCUUUUCUAGAGAAGCUGAAGCAAAGGAAGCCAUGAUCUAUGGUUACAAGCAUGCCUUCUCUGGUUUCGCUGCCAUGCUUAACUCAACACAAGCCACCACGCUGGCAAGUGUGGAAGGGGUUAUCUCAGUGUUCAGGAGCAAGAUAUUGGGAUUGCACACGACUCGAAGUUGGGAUUUCAUGGGCCUCACCUUGGGACCUGAGGAAACUACGCCGAUGCAGUUAAAAUAUGGUGAUGAUAUAGUUGUUGGCAUCUUUGAUACAGGUGUCUGGCCGGAAUUGGAUUGUUUCCGGGAGGAACCCGACAUGGGUCCGAUCCCAAAAUCAUGGAACGGCACAUGCGUGAAAGCCGACAAGUUCGAUCCAAAGAAAGCAUGCAACCGGAAGCUGAUCGGAGCUCGGUACUACAUCGAUGGCUUCGAACGUGAGUUCGGGCCUCUGAACACGAGCGGCGAUGCCGAGUACCGAUCGCCCCGUGACCGGCUCGGGCAUGGGACGCACACAGCAUCGACGGCCGUCGGGUCUGUUGUAAGGAACGCGAGCUACUUUGGUCUUGCACCGGGCACCGCCCGUGGCGGCGCGCCACGGGCUCGGCUGGCGGUGUACAAGGUGUGCUGGCUGAAGGACCUCCAAGGGAGGUGCAGUGAGGCCGACAUCCUGGCAGCCUUCGACGACGCCUUGCACGAUGGAGUGCACGUGAUGUCGGCCUCGAUCGGAUCGUCGCCGCCGUUGAUGCCGUUCUUCUCGACGAGCAGCGACAUUGGGUCGUUCCAUGCGACGCAGCUGGGGGUGGCGGUGGUCUUCUCGGCGGGGAACGAUGGGCCUGACUCUUCCCUGGUGCAAAAUGUGUCGCCGUGGGGCUUGUGCGUCGCCGCCGGGACAGUUGACCGGGCAUUCCCAACACAGAUGGUACUGGGAAACAACGUCUCCAUGAUGGGACAAGGCUUCAUCACAAGAGAAAUAAAGAUGAAAUUGGUUGAUAGUGGGAGGUUUUUUGAUGAUGGGUCAUGUUCACUUGACAAAUGGAACGGCCGCAAGCUAGCCUCAGGGAGGAUUGUUCUUUGCUUCUCUUCCGUAGGACAGGUAUCUAGCACAGUUGCAGCCCUAUCAGUCUUAGCAAUCAAUGGAUCAGGCAUUAUUUUUGUUGAGUCCAUAUCAAGGCAAACAGUUCAAGAUGAUUUCCUUCCUACUAUCCAUGUCGACCUCUAUGAAGGCACUCAGAUGCUUUAUUAUAUUCAAUCUUCCAAGGAUCCAUCGGUGCAAAUCUUUUCCAGCAAAACAAACAUUGGUCACUCUCCUGCUCCAUCUGUUGCUUAUUUCUCCUCUAGAGGGCCGAGUUCUAUAUCCCCAAAUAUCCUGAAGCCUGAUAUCAUGGCUCCUGGGGUAAAUAUCUUAGCAGCAUGGUCACCAAAAUCUUCACCAACUUUGCUACCAUUCGAUGGUCGUUCUGUGGUUUGGAACUUCGACUCAGGGACCUCAAUGGCAUGCCCCCAUGUAUCAGGCAUUGUGGCCCUUCUUAAGUCUGCUCAUCCAGAUUGGUCCCCAGCUGCAAUCAAGUCUGCUCUAAUGACAACAGCUUACAUGAGUGAUACAAGUUCAGACAACAUCUUGGCAGGAGGCACUUUGAAAGCAGCAGAUCCUUUUGACGUAGGUGCAGGGCAUGUAAAUCCCUUAAUAGCAAUAGACCCAGGACUAGUAUAUGAUAUGGAUGCCCGAGAUUAUGUUCUUUUUCUUUGUAGUUUAGGCUACACUGAGGUCCAGAUAAAGAUGAUGGUUCUUCCUUCACCUAGCAUUGAUACCAGUUGCAGUGGAAGCCACUCUGAUUUGGAGCUAAACUAUCCAGCAAUAAUUAUAUCAAACCUUCAAUCGACGGUAACAAUCAAGAGAAGCCUUCGGAAUGUUGGUCGAAGUAGUGUUGUUUAUUUCUCCAGCAUCAAGAACCCUGAGGGAGUGUACACUUAUGUGUGGCCAAGGUUCCUGGUCUUCUCUUUGCAUAAGAAAACUAUUUCAUAUUAUGUGACCAUCACACCAAUUAAACAAUCCCAAGGGCGGUAUGAUUUUGGGGAGAUAAUAUGGUCUGAUGGCUAUCAUCAUGUUAAAACCCCAUUGAUAGUCUGUGUGAACAAUCUUGGGGAUGGGAAUAGAGAUGCUGCAACUCAUUUGAGUGCUUAACA